CAUCAUCAUCUGUCAAUCGCCCUACAAUCUACCGCAACCUAGAGUAUUGCAGAUCAGCAUAGGAGAUCUAUCUGAUAUCGCACAACCGCUACUUACGACUCAUACCACUUACCAUCACCAGACCAAGCAUCUUCCGUGUGAAAUUCUAUCGUGAAUCGCCACCAUGACUCUCGCCGAGGAAUUCAAGACUAGAAACUUCAGUAUUUAUGGACAAUGGACGGGUGUUAUAUGCAUCAUUUUGUGCCUGGCUCUCGGAAUCGCCAACAUCUUUACGUUCAAUGCGGUGAUCAUUAUCUUCAGCGUCCUUUGCCUUGUUUCCGCCUUCAUUCUGAUCUUCACCGAAGUGCCUUUCUUGCUCCGAAUCUGUCCGACCUCCCCCAAGUUUGACGAAUUCAUCCGCAAGUUCACAACAAACUGGAUGCGCGCUUCGAUGUACGCCGUCAUGAGUGUUGUGCAGUUUCUCAGUUUACUCAAGUAUGCCACCAGCUUGAUUGCUGCGGCUGUUAUGCUCCUGAUUGCUGCUAUCUUCUACGCACUGGCGGCUGCGAAGAGCCAGGAAUUUGUUAGCAGCAAGACUCUGGGCGGCCAAGGGCUUGCGCAGAUGAUUGUGUAAAGCUUGCGAACUUCGGUUUGUAAGAAAAAAAGAGCACUUCUAGUAUUCAAAUAAUGGGGCGUGAAGGCUUUCUGAGUCGAAACUGAGUGUGGCGCGAUGAUUAGCUGAUAUUGCCAUUGUCGCUGCAACGGAGGGGGCAUGCACUCCUUUGCUUUGCUUCUCGCGGGACCUAAUCGAACUUCACUGGAGUCUAGGCCUGCUGCUGAUGAUCUGCUUGAGCCUUUCCUAUCUU